AGGUUCCUCCCAGCACCAGCUUCAAGAGGUGAUCCUGGGGCUCAAGGGUCCCAGACGAAGAGGAGGAGCGGCGGCAGCAGCAACAGCAGCAGCAGCAGCAGCAGCAGCAGCACCUGUCGAGAAGACUAGAGGCCAUGGAUGACCAGCGCGACCUCAUCUCCAACCAUGAGCAGCUGCCUAUGCUGGGCCAGCGCCCUAGAGCCCCAGAAAGGUGCAGCCGCGGGGCCCUGUACACCGGCUUUUCUGUCCUGGUGGCUCUGCUCUUGGCUGGGCAGGCCACCACGGCUUACUUCCUGUACCAGCAGCAGGGCCGUCUAGACAAACUGACCGUCACCUCCCAGAACCUGCAACUGGAGAGCCUUCGCAUGAAGCUUCCUAAAUCUGCCAAACCUGUCAGCCAGAUGCGGAUGGCUACCCCCUUGCUGAUGCGGCCACUGCCCAUGGAAAACAUGCUCCACGGGCCUGUGCAGAAUGUUACUAAGUACGGCAACAUGACGCAGGACCACGUGAUGCACCUGCUCCUGAGGUCUGGACCCCUGAUGUACCCACAGCUGAAGGGAACCUUUCCGGAAAACCUGAAGCAUCUUAAGAACUCCAUGGAUGGUCUGGACUGGAAGGUCUUUGAGAGCUGGAUGAAACAGUGGCUCUUGUUUGAAAUGAGCAAGAACUCUCUGGAGGAGAAGCCCACCGAGGCUCCGCCUAAAGCUUCAGGGCUGACCAAGUGCCAGGAAGAGGUCAGCCACAUCCCUGAUGUCCAUCCGGGUGCGUUCCGUCCCAAGUGCGAUGAGAACGGCAACUAUAUGCCGCUCCAGUGCUACGGGAGCACUGGCUACUGCUGGUGUGUGUUCCCCAACGGCACUGAGGUCCCUCACACCAAGAGCCGCGGGCGCCAUAACUGCAGUGAGCCACUGGACCUGGAAGACCCAUCUUCUGGCCUGGGUGUGACCAAGCAGGAUGUGGGCCUAGCCAUGUGAAGACAGAGGCUGGCUCUGCACAGCGGCAGCUUUCCUGCUCUCCUGUGGUGCCCCAGCCUUCCUGCCUUCCCUGACAGUCACAUCCCACUUCUUGUCUCCCUGCACCUUGGGGCUUAAGGCUGGUUCUGCGUCAUCAUCCCUGGACACGACAAAUAAAAUCAGAACAGAAUGAGGAUGCUGGAGGGAGGGCCCUGCUGCCCAGCCCUAUCUAAAGGGACACAAAGCUCAGAGUGGGCAAUGCUAGGUGGACCCCAUUUCUGACCCAUUAGCAGUCUCCAGUGUGGGGCUUUGAGAUGUAGGCCCACAGACAGGGAUAAGGGGUACUCAACCCUUAACCCACACUGAACACCUCUGCUGUCUUCUCAAGGAAGAACCCAGGCCCUCCUCCCAGCAACCCUUCCUCACUUCCUGCCAACCCCCCCCCCCCCCCCCCCCCCCCCCCCCCCCCCCCCCCCCCCCCCCCCCCCCCCCCCCCCCGGGUUCCUUGCUCAGCCAAGCUUAUCAGCAGCCUGUAGGAUCAUGGCUCACGUGACAAUAAAAGGUAGUAAGUAAA